UGAGCGAAACUAACCAUGUGCGUCAUGACGUCACGCCGCCGCUAUAGCUACGUCUUCCUGUUUACCCGGACGUUCUGCUGUGUGGAUCAUGGCCGGUGUUUUGCUCGGUGUCUCGCUGCGAUGCUGUUCACCCAGCUCCCUGAGGACGUGCUCUACCACAUCUUGUUUCAUUUGGACCGCACAUCUCUCUGUCGCCUUUCUCAAGUUUGUAAAAGCAUGAAUCGCUUUGUAAACCGGGACGCUGUGUGGAGGAGGAUUGCAAAAGGCUGUUUAAACAGCGGGAUAAUCUGGAACGGGACGGACAUAUAUCCUAAUAUCCCUCUGAAGGAACGAGUGAAGACAGCUCAGAACUGGUAUCAUGGAUUUUGUAAAAAGUGGACUCUUCUCAAAUGGAAGACAAAGCUGUUGCCAUGGUUACAGUUGGACGGAGAUGUGCUGUACUUGUCUCAGGCUGCUAAAAUCGGAGCCUACUCUCUGAACCAUGACUCCAGGAGGCUCCAGCGAAUACCACUGGAAAAUUAUUUGGGGCACAAGGGCGAUGUCUGUCGCUUUGUCCUCACAGACUCUCACCUGAUCAGUGCAGGAAGUGAUGGACGGAUCUUGGUCCACAGCAGAAGACGUAACUUGUCACUGGGGCUAAUGGGUCAUAGCCAGGAAGUGAACUGCCUGGACUCUAAAAACGGACUCAUCAUCAGUGGAUCAAGAGACCGAACAGCUCGAAUGUGGACUUUGACCUCCAGCUCCCCCUUAGGAACGAUUCCCAUGUUUGACAGAGUUUGGUCUGUUGCGAUUAGUCCCACUCAAAGGUAAGUACUUUCUUAAGAUAAUUUGCUGAGUUUAGUUUAGAAUGCCUUGUAGAUCAUUUACUAAAGACUUAAUUACAUGUCCUAUAGAAGUACCUUAGGUACUUUACCCUUUUACGACUUUUAUGAAUCAAUUAUAAGCAACAUAAUUUGGCUUUUUUACAAAAAAAAAACCUUUGCAGUGGAAGUAAAAAUUUAUUUCUACAAAAUAAUGGUGAGUAAUAUUUACCAUAAAAUAGGUAACUGCAUAAAUAGUCACUCCCUUUAAAUUGACUAACCUAAUUCAGCAGAGGUCCAGCCAUGUGGUGGUAGUUGUCUUACAAUGAGUGGAGUGGAGAUCUUUUGAGCAUAGUUAGGGAUUGUAGUUUAAAGUGAGGCUGUCAUUUCGUGUCACUGACCCUUCUGACCACUACCAACACAAGGUGGGUGAACUGUCUUGCCUAAGGACAUGACAGAGGUGGGUGGAGUGGGAAUCGAAGUGGCAACCCUCUGCAGGGCGAACACCUACAUCGCCAUCAUCACCCUAAAUGUGUAAAAAAAACAACAACAUAUUUUUCAUAAAAGUUGUAUUCUGCAGCCUUAAAGGAAGUCAGUUCCUUUAUACACCCUUUCUCAUGCUCUGAGUCACCUCACCCCGGCAUUUUGUUUUCCUUGAUGAUCCAAUCUUGUGGAUUAGUUGACAUUAUUAAACAGUGAGUGGAUGAUCCACUCGAUAAUGUCAGGCAUAACAACCCAUCUGCUGGACACCCAUGUCAUCCCACGUCUAAUUCCAUCCCAUGUUUUGUUGUUACACUUGAUAUCAUCUCAAGGUCUAAUAAGAAUCAUUGUUGUGGCAUUAAAUUGCCAAGGCUGGUACAGAACUGCCGCCCCCGUUAAAGUUCGGUGAUGCAUUGGAAAGUAAACCGAGCCGAUCAGUGGCCUUUGUCCAUGGCUUUUUUUGUCCACGUUUAGAUUACUUGGUGACGUUAACCUAACGUCACAGAUAUUUUUGGGAAGAAGUGGAAAAGAGAGGGAGGUAAGAAAGCAAGCAAAUAGGAAAAUAAAUAAAUCAAACUAUAUGCCAGAACAAAGAAUAAAUAAAGGAUAACUUAAAAAAAGAGAAAGAAAUAAAAGAAAAACACUAUGUGAACUUGUUAUUAGGCUCUCCAUUGGGCAGUUCACUUCCAUUUUUAUUUUCUACUGCUGAUUUUUGUUAUCUGUAGUGUGAGAAGAUUUAGCCAUUGUGAGGUACUGAUUUUUUUUCCUAUAUUUCUGAUUCUGUAAGUCCCAUGAAGUGCAUCCUGUGCUGUGUGAGGUGUGUUUUAUGGAUUAUUUUAUAUUGUAUUAACUGUAUGUUGGUGUUGUUGAACAUGUUGAAAAUAUUAUGGCAGACAUUAUUCCAAAAUUGAUUAUCUGUAUGGAUGGUAAGAGUGAAACGGUGAAAGUAAAAAGAAAGAGAAGGACAAGCAGAAAAAGAAAAAAAGAAAACCUUGCUAAAUAGAUUAGCAGUUGCAACGAUAGUCAUCAACUGUCAGACAGAAAGGAAUAAAAUAUUAAUAACAACAACAACCACAAUAAUAAUAUAAAUAAUAAUCAUAAUAAUAAUGAAAAAAAAAACAUACUUUUCCAAUGGGGUUCUAUAACAAAGUUUUAGAAUUACCAAAGAAAAUAAGAAAAAAAAAAUACUGUUAACAAUAGCAGAGAAAUGAGGUAAUACUGACAGUGAUAACGAUAAUAAAAUAAUAGUGCAUAUGUAUAAAAAACAAUGAUAAUCAAUCAAUCAUAUAUUUAUUCCAGACACAAAAAAGGUCUAUAGUAAAAAGGUAAAAACAAGCAAAAUAAGAGAAAAAUAAAAAUAAACAUGACAUAUUAUGUUGUUAAUAAUAACUGCUGUUAAUAUUAACAGCAGUGAUGUUACUAAAUCUGUUGUAUUGAUGCCUACAGUAAUAAUAAAAUAACAGCAAAACCGAAAAAAUGGCAAAGUGAUAUAGUAGUUGUAAUGAUAGUCAUUAAUGGUCAGACAGAAAAUAAUGAAGCAUUAAUAAUGAUAUUAAUUAAAAUAAAAAUAAUGAAAAAAAAGAUUUACUUAUCCAUGAGAGUUGUACAACAAAAUAAUAGAAUUAACCAUAGAAAAUUAGAGAAAAAAAGUAAGAAAGUAAAUGAUGACAUUGUGGAUGAAAACAAGAACUGGUGGUUCAGUCCCGCCGUGCGUGUGUCUGUGGAGGACUCAUGGAGCACAAGCUGUAGAAUCGCUCCAGGUAGCGUUCAAGUUGAUCCGGAGUGAUAAGUGGGGAUCUGCAGAAUACAGCUGUAGAUUGUUCGCCUCUGUUUUCCCCCUAUUUCUUUAUAGCGACAGGUGCUGCUAUGAUGGGUCUCUAGUGCAAUAGGUUGAAUGUCACAGCGUCAUUCCUGGAUCGGCCCGUUGCUGCGAUACGUCACAGCGUCCGCCAUAUUGAAUGUGGAGUAUCUGUCAGUAAGCAAAUACUGGCAGAAAUAAAUGGACCGAACUUCAUAAAGCGUCGUCGUACACAGUAUUUUAAGUCAAUGCCUGUCAGUGACACAUUCUGUCACACUCACUAAUAUAUUUGGGAAUUAAAGAAAGCACUAAAUACAACGUUUUUAACUUUUUGAUGUGAUUAUUUAAUUGUUUAAAGAGCACAAUGUUUAUAUUUGUCAGCUGAUUCUGAUCAAUCCUUUUUAUAUUGACAUUGAUGAAGACACGCACGCACGCACACACACGCACGCAAGCAAA